AUGGUGACAAACGAGGUGAUUACAAUAGUUCAAAAAGUCGUUCACGUUCAUCCUAACCGUUUUCAAUUCAUUAAACGGGGCACUCUGCUGGACAUGAUUGUCAAAGUUUCAACCCUUGAAAAGAUCGCCGACCAACCGAAAGUUUCAUGA